CUGGGGGCUGUUUCACGAAGCGGGUUCAGUGAAAACUCGGAGUUAGUUGUGUGUGAGGUAAGGGAAACUCAAAGUUAUCGGUUUCAAAAAGCCAGUUGAGCCCAACUCUGAGUCAUUUACCGCGGUAACAUACCCCGUGAAGCUAACCUGCUUGCUAGCAGGUUUAAUCCCUGUAACUCUGAGUUCCUCCUCUUUAAAUGAACAGUCAGAUUGAAGCAAGUACUUUCUCAGACAUGGCGUGUCCUUUUCUUGAAAGACCGGUCGACAUCGAAGCACAAAUCAUCCGCAGGAAUCUACGUCAGGAGAGGGUGAUCAGACCCCGUUUAGAUAUUUUAUCGUUUACAAAUGAUUUUCUGUUAGAGCGUUACCGUUUUUCAUCACAGACAAUCAUUUAUCUCAACAAUAUUCUUAGCCCUCAUUUUGCUCGUCAAACACACCGUGGACAUCCUCUCAGUUCCGAGCAAAUUCUUUGUACAGCACUUCGCUUCUUUGGUAAUGGCAGCUUUCUGUACAAUAUUGGUGACGCUCAACAUGUUUCUAAGGCAACCGUCUGCCGGUGUAUCAGACAGGUUACUCUUGCGCUUAAACAUUUUCUCUACACGUUUGUGGCAUUCCCUGGUCACAGAUGUAGUAGAAUAAUCAAGGAAGAAUUCCAUAGAAUUGCAGGUAUGAAGUAAUAGCCUCAUAUACUUAGUAAUAUGCUUUAAGAUUUGAAGCAAUACACAAUUGUAGGUUGACUAGAUAAAAUACAGUUACUCUUCGCAUUGUAACACCAUACAAAACUAGAAACUGACUGCAGUACCUGUUAAAAUUACGUAGACUUAUGCCCUCUUUGUUAGGAUUUCCAGGUGUGAUUGGCUGCAUAGAUGGCACACAUAUUCCCAUUAAGGCUCCUUCAGUAAAUGAAGGAGACUAUGUGAACAGAAAGUCAUUCCACAGUAUCAAUGUGCAGAUUAUAUGUGAUGCAGCCUAUGUCAUCAGCAACGUGGAGGCAAAGUGGCCUGGGUCUGUGCAUGAUGCCAGAAUGUUCCGUGAAUGCACACUGAGUGCUAGACUUGCUCGUGGGGAGUUCAGUGGUUACCUACUCGGUGACAGGGGGUACCCAUGCCAGCCCUAUCUGCUGACCCCAUACCCUGAUCCUGAGCCUGGCCCACAGCAAAGAUAUAACUUGGCUCACAGCAGGACCCGGGCCAGAAUAGAGAUGACCCUGGGCAUACUGAAGGCCCGUUUCCAGUGCCUCCGUGGCCUCCGUGCCACCCCAGAAAGGGCCUGUGAUAUCAUUGUUGCAUGCGUAGUCCUGCACAAUAUUGCAAUGAUGAGACGAGAAACCUGGGUUGCUGCCCCAGAGGUUGACCCUGAUAACAACCCUGACAUUCCUGUUGAUGCAACAGAUGGACAAGCUGUUCGAAACGCAAUAUGUUCUAAUCAUUUCCAGUGAAUAAGUUGCAAAUAAAAACAUAUGACAAUCA